CAGAAAGCAAUAGUGCAAUGAUAAGCGGUACACGAUACUCCACAAUGGUCACUUUUUAUCGCCGUAAAUCUUUCUAUAUUUGAUAUUUGAAAGCUUUUUAGUGUUUGGUAUAACCUGUUGUGAAGUCCGGCAUGUUUCUCAAUGUCCCAGUAGGAAUAUCUUCAACCAAAAGCGGCAAUUAGUCAGGCUCGAGAAAAACUUUGCAUUGAUCGUGAUAUUGUUCGAUAGUAUAUAUAUAUGUCUUCUUGAAGUGGCCGUGGUUUACGAUUUGGCUGAGUUGUAAUAAGACAAUUUGCGUCGGAUCGACUUAGUCUAGUGCGUGUCCUGAGGUUUGUUGGGCUCGGUGUCAAGUGAAUACUUUUGCUUUGGGUGUGUUGAUCUAAGGCAAGUCAUGUAUACAAUGGCAUGGAGACAACUCGAUCGUUCUCUGGGUGAGGCCAAGAUUUCGGAACAUAACGAUAUCAUAGUGAUCGUAAUGGAUGCCUCACACUGAAACCAACCAGUUGGAUUACGUCGCUUGGCGUUUAGAGCGGUAAAAGAUAUUCACGAGGCUGUAUAAAUCAAACCGCCCUAUGGACGUCGCCUCGCCAUCGCAAGUGACUAUUACUUAUCCAUGACUUUCCCGUGGCAUGAUUAAAAGCGAGUGAAGCAGUCGGAAAUCCGCGGCAUCAAAUCCCAACGCCUGCAUUGUACGAACCGACCCACCUGAAAAAGAAACAUUCACGAGCGCGCAGUAGCUCGGACUUCACGUGGCAUUGCAAGAGAAGAGGACGUCUAGCAUUGUUUCGGACAUCAAUCGUAGAUGAGCAUCUUCAACAUCAGACACAGGCCACAUCUGCAGGUUCUCGUAUUUUCAUUUGAUUAAAGUUGUUGGACGAACAGGUAUUUCGUGGACACAGAUCAGGCGUAGGGCUGUCCACCCCGAAGAUCGUCCUGAGUCGCCAUGACCCAGGAAUCGGAACGUUCCUCCAUGGUCUACACCGCCAACUGGAAAGAGACCGUUGAGUUGAAACGAACAAUCUCUGAUCUCACUCGCUCGAAGAGAACUGUCGAACACAGCAUGUACUUGGCUCAGAAAAUCGUUUACAAACGCUUCCAAACCAAGAUGCACCAGUCCCAACUCUUCCUUUCCCGCUUGAAGGGAGAUCGCGAAAUGGAAAGGCAGCUUCGGGCGAAAACUGGGAAUCAUUUUAAUACGAAUUGUGGGACGAACGAAGAGGAGGAACGCAAAUUGAAGCAGAUGUUACGACGUCCUACCACGUCCCGGCCGGAGACGCGGUCUACUCUAAGGCCAUUGGCGCCACCGCCGAAUCCAGCGGUCCAGCAUGGGUCCAGUCUAUACAGGAGUAAAUCUGUUGAUGGGAUGACCGGGGUACAGAGCCCUGGUGCCCAUGUGACGUUUGAUAAGAGUCAUCACGCAAGCUUGGUGUCGCUACCGGGGACGCCGGUAUCCGGGCAUUCACGUAUCCAGGGACAGUACCUGGACACAUCCAAGCGGGCCUACGGGCCAAGACCGCACACGAUUCAAGGUUUGCCCAAUCUGCAGGGAAAGAUAGACCACGGGCUUGGAGACAGGCCUGGAACUGUUGCAGCCCUUCUUGAAGACGACAGCGACAAGCGGAAGAGAAUUCUAACUCAAAUCAACACGAAUCGUAUCAAAUCUGCAAACUUUCAACAUCGAGUCAAUAGGUUUUGUGAUACAGUAAAUCACAUGGCCUCACGAACUGAUAACGCGUUAGAUUAUUACAAUGUUAGACUACGAAAUAAUACUUGCAGUCGCGAAAACAUUAUAAAUAUCCCGAAAACGCCCGAAAGUGAGUACUGGCGUCAUGUCGGGGACUUCCGAAAAAAGCCGAUCACCUUCCAUGGUGUCCGCUAUGACGUCAUGGAUGAUCUGGCCAAUAAAAGAAUGUCAAUACGCCCGGGAACACAGACAAAUCAAUACCAAAUAUCGGACGUUCUGUCAUGAAAUGGAACUUUUAAAGCUAGGCAAACACUGUAUUUCAAGAAUCGUCCUUGCUCACAUCGACAAUGUUUUCUAAGUGGAGAGGGACUACGACGAAGAAAUACGAAGAUAUGUAUGCAUAUUUUCUGGUUUAGAAAAUUGUUCUUCUCAAGAGCCAAGAUAAGAUUGCUUGCUGUGUCAUUUUAGUGCAAUAAAGUAAAUGCUCAAGUUAAUAAAACAAUGAAAUGUAUGAUAAAACUUUCAGUGGAACAAUUUUAGGGGAACCAUUUGCCCUCUCCUCAGUAUGUGCACCCUAUCAGACUACAUUUUGCUUGCGUUUUCAACAACGCUACAGUAAUGUCGUUAAUUUCAGCCAAAGCCAAAGUGUCAUGAGAACAUCAAACAUGAAAAAUCUCCAACUCUUGGCGCCAAAAGCGGAAUGUUCCCUGCAGUUCUGCAACUCUUCAAAUCUAUGGGAUCAACAAAUUCUUAUUUGACCUCACUCGUACGAGAAAACGAUAGAAAAGAAAAUGAACCCACUCGGGAAAAUGAGUGGAUGAAAAAUCUAAAAAUAAUGUUUUGGCACAUUUUAAAGGAAAUGGCAAAUCACCGAUUCUGUGAUUCUUGCAGAGUCUUACAGAUGUCGUUACUGUACAUGUAAUUCCAUUAUAUUAGCCACUGCUCUGAACUUUGUCACGAGAUAUGUAUAUCGCGUCAUCAUGGAUGUAUCUAAAUUACGGACGACGCUUUUUGUUUAUCCGCCGUAUAGAUAGUACAUUAAAGGGAAGAGUUAGGGGUGGAAUUUACAGAGCCUGGAGGAUACUAUCCACGCUUGCCACCAUGCGUCGCCACUUGCUGUACGACUCAUCACACUAAAGCUAAUCUCUAUUAAUCAGAAUUUUUGCAAGUGUUGUGAGGCAGGUUAGGACAUGGCUUGUGAAUUUCAGGCAGGCUCAUGGUUACGCCCCCUUCUAGUUCAAUAAUUUUUCAGUUUUCCUGUUUGGAAAAGUCACGGUCCUGCUAGAAUUCAUUUCUGGAUGAAAAACCGGCAUAUUUCAUGCGCAAGUUGUCCCCAUAAAGACUGUCAGUUUUUUUAGAAUAGUUUUAUUCGCCAUCUUUUUAGGAAGUUCGGGUAGAUGCACAUGCGCACAGCAUUGAAAAAUGGGUAAUGGUGGUCAACCUGUCCAGUUCGAGCUACUAAUAUCAGUCACGUGACUGACGGUACUAAAUACCCAAUGAAAGUUUUAAGUACGGGAAAGCCCACUCGGGCAUAUUGGGAAUCGAUGAGGCAACUUUCCUUGUCAGAUUAUAGCGCGAUUAGUGUGAGAGUCCAAGCGAUGGAAGAUUCUUCACGAACUCUUGUCUUUUUUAUAUUGAUUAGAAACACACGAGGGAAUCGAUGGUGUGGGUAUUUGAAGUGUUUUUAUUUCGCAUGGAAUAACUUGUCUUAUCAGCGCACGACAGACUUAUUCGUUAUUCAGGCCCGCCUAUAGAGCAUAAUCCGUCACUCCGCUAAUUAGGUGUGACUGUCAUUACAGCGGAAUAUGAUUUUUAACAUACAUUGUAAUUAUUAAUGAAA